AUGUCGCAAACUUUCAUCGAACGGCUCAGAUCGCGCACUCCAGCCGAAGGCAGCCGCCGCGGUUGUCUGCUCUCGGAGGAGUGCUUGCUAGCUCUCCGGGCUUUCAAUCAGACCCGCGCGGACAACAGCCUAGCUGCAUACGUCGAGGCUGCAAAGCGCACUGUUCUCGACCAUUAUGGCAUACGUCUUGCCUUUCAACCGACGGCUGAUCCCUUACAACAAGACAUCUUGUCGACGUGGCUUGAGUACCUGGUAUACAAGCACUGGCUAUCUACUUACUGUAAGACGCGAGUCGAGACGUAUCAAAGACAGUACGACAAAGCAUGGGAAAAGCUCCUCGUGCUUGAUGUCUUGACACCUGCGGAAAGGGAAACGCGACAGAUUGACGGCAACGCCUUGCAGAUGGCACGCAGGAAGACCGAGGCGGGACUGGAGAGCCGUGCACGGGACUGCGAAGCGGCUCUACUGUCCUUCGAGACUGCCGACGAGCAGCACGAGCAGCACGAGCAGCACGAGCAGCGCAGCCCUUCGGCUCGUCUACAAUUGGCCGAGAGCAAAAUGAAACACGAUCGCGCAAAUGCUCCGAUAAGCGCCAUUGAGGACUUCCUCUGCCAAACCGUGGACUACAGGCUACAUGGACCUCACUGGGAGAUGCUUGCGGACACGCACUACAGUGAGCUGCCAUGGGUCUUGCGGCAGCUCCCCCAAGUGCAGAGGGACGCGCGGCAACGAAUGCAUCGGGUCAUGGAGGGGCAGGGUCUUCUCCGUCGCAGCUUACGCAUUGCCAAUCAGAAGUUGGAAAGCACUGUUGAUUCUCAAGCGCCUCCUCCUCCAGCAUUGUGGCCGAAGAAACGGGGUCGAGCUGAAGCAGAUAAAUCUUUGCAAGCCCCACAGCAGCUGCAGGAGAGUGUCAAAGAGCAGAGACAAGAAGGAGCUCGGAAAAGGCGACGGGUGGCGAAGAUGUCCCUAGAACACCAGUGA